AUGAUUGUGUUUUUUCUGGUGCUCGAAAUUGUGCUCAUGACUGUGCUUUGUCUGGUGCUCGAGAUUGUGCUCAUGAUUGUGUUUUUUCUGGUGCUCGAAAUUGUGCUCAUGAUUGUGCUUUUUCUGGUGCUCCAGAUUGUGCUCAUGAUUGUGCUUUUUCUGGUGCUCCAGAUUGUGCUCAUGAUUGUGAUUUUUCUGGUGCUCGAGAUUGUGCUCAUGAUUGUGCCUUUUCUGGUGCUCCAGAUUGUGCUCAUGAUUGUGCUUUUUGAAAAUUGGGUAUCAACCUUUGUGCCUUUUCUGGUGCUCGAAAUUGUGCUCGUGAUUGUGCUUUUUCUGGUGCUCGAGAUUGUGCUCAUGAUUGUGCUUUUUCUGGUGCUCGAGAUUGUGCGCACGAUUGUGUUUUUUCUGGUGCUCCAGAUUGUGCUCAUGAUUGUGCUUUUUCUGGUGCUCCAGAUUGUGCUCAUGAUUGUGCUUUUUCUGGUGCUCCAGAUUGUGCUCAUAAUUGUGCUUUUUCUGGUGCUCGAGAUUGUGCUCAUGAUUGCCAUCCCGGGCUUCUUCGAUGCGCAGCCCGCGUUUGCAAGCUGUCGCUUGUGCUUUUUCUGGACAGACCCGGCAGCUGCGCGCCCCGCCCCAGACUACCGAAAGCGAAACAGCCCGAGUUUGCGAAGCCUGUGGGCCUAG